AUGAAAGAACCUUUACAACGCAUAGUGUGGGUCCAGCAGCUAAAGAUCGGAGUGAGGCUGAAUCUCACUCGCUCCUCCAUCGAGGAAGCACGAAGAGUGUUCCUCAACGCCACACGAGUCGGGCGGCUGGGCUCGCUGAGAGUUCAGAAUGGAUCCGGGUCCUGGGACCAGUGUCCGUACCGCUCUCCCAACAACUUCUCCGGCUCAGAGAAUCAGCGGAUUCGAGUCGGCGUCCGGCUAAGUCUGGCUACCUCUGCGGUCGGGGAGGCGCAGAGUGUAUUCCAGAACGGCGUAGUGGCGGGAAGAUUGGGAUCACUCAACGUGGUGCCAGGGUCUGGGUACUGGGACCAGUGCGUGAGCCAUUCUCUGACGACGCCAUCAUCUGGGUCGAGCAUUCAGCGGAUCCGGGUCGGUGUUCAUCUGAACAUGACUCGCUCAGCUCACGAAGAAGCACGGGAGUUGUUCCUCAACAAGACCAAGGAGGGACGCCUGCGCUCUCUGCGUGUGGUGCCACGAUCCGGGUACUGGAACCAAUGCGGGAAUGUCUCCAUCAUUCCCGAUAAACCAACACAAAGACAGCGUAUACAAAUGGUGGUGAAGUUGACAAUGAACGAAACGGCGAUCGACGAGGCACAGAAGUUGUUCUUGAAUAUGACGGGUGCAGGAAGGCUUGGCUCGCUGACUGUAGUGCCGGGAUCAGGGUACUGGGAUCAGUGUCCGGCUCGUGUACUCACACCGACUCCCGAACCACUCGGAAGGGUUCUGUUCGGCGUCGAGCUCUCUGUGCCGGUGUUUGCCAUGAACGCGACCCGCCAGGUGUUCCAAGAUCACAUGGAGAACAACGGGACGCUGGGAGGUCUGACGGUGGCGUCCGACACGGCGGUGUUUGGUGCCUUCCGGAUGUACACCUCAUUUAUCCUGGAGCAGAGGUAUAACAACACGCUGGACGACCUUACGUCAUCGGAGUCUAGAACUCUCAUUGGUCGCGUGGAAUCUGCGGUCAGGCUGGCGCUUACCCGUGUUACCGGAGUUCAGUCAGUUGAGUUCUACGAUUUCAGACGAAGUUCCGGAGAGAAGAAACCAGUCAGUAUCGUGAGGCUAACCCUCGGUGCCAACUCCGUCACCUCUGCUGAGCAGGCCAUCUGUUCGUGUGUGCGCACGGGUGAGAUCGGGAGUCUCACCGUGGACUCUGGGCACUGCACCUUCGAGGCCGUCCCACCAACGUGUCGAAACGCGGUGGACCUGGUGUUCCUGGUAGAGUCGUCCGACGCCGUUGGUCAGGACGGCUUCCCCUGGGUCCAGCGCUUCAUCACGUCAGUGUUGGGCGCCCUGACGAUCGGACCAGACUUCUUCCAGAUAGGGGUGUAUCAGUUCAGCAAUGUCGUCCGUCAGAUCGUACCUCUUGGUGCUUUCUCCAAAAGUGCUGACAUACAGAGGCAAGUUAGGUCCAUGGCUCUGCUCGGAGGCGAACCCCAACUGACAUCCAGCAUGGUUUACGUCCUACAGCACGGGUUCCGGGUAAACUCAAGACAGGGUACUCCUAAGGUUCUUGUGCUUGUGGUGAGCGACAAUUCCACCACCAGCGGACUCGACAUGGUGGCUCAACAUGCUGCUCAGAACGGCGUUGUGGUGUUCGGGGUUGGGGCAGGAGCAGGCCCAUUGCGGGGGCAGCUGGAGACAUUGGUCGGCUCCACCACCGCCGUCAGCGUCGCUACGAGCUUCACGAGCCUGAAGCAAACAGAAAAGGGCGUCGUCAAUAGUCUCUGCAACGUUGGUCAGUUCCUGUACGGCACGGUUGUCAUCAGAAGACGAUUCAACGAGACUCUGCGAGAUCCAACUUCCCAGGAGUUUCUUAACCUUACUGCACAGGUUAAAGAAGGGCUGUCUGACAUAUUUGUCGGAGGAAACUGCUUGCAACGGAUUGUCGUAGCAGAAUUCCGCGGAGCUGGCAAUGCUAUGGAGACCCAAGUGACUUUCCAAGUCGUUUUCGAGAACACGCCGUCCUGCCAGGACAACAUCAUAAUCACAUUUAACUCAACUGUGUCCCGAGGAAGGAUUGGCACACUUGUAGUAGAUCCGGCAUCAGCUGUAUUGGGUACAGGAGGAGGUGUGACUGCUUAUGUUACUUUCACCAUCACAAGUCAGUGCUUCAUCCCAUCUCUGUUAGACAUCUUAUCCACUGAGUACCGUCAGUUCAAAAUCCAACUAGAGGUGCAGCUGCUCAAUGUGUUUUCAAACGUGGAAGGUAUUCGGUCGGUCCAGGUUCAGGAAAUAUCAUCUGGGCCUUCUGAGUGUUCGAUCAGUGUGGUCAUUCGGUUGAUGUUGAAAGCAACGGAUUUUCAGAGGUCACAGCAAGUCUUCUUGCAAACUGUGUCCGGUGGAAGCCUUGGCCUCUUCACAAUUGACCAGAGUACAGUCUUCUUCGGCCGCACAGAGCCAGUGUGCAGAGCGAAGCUAGACAUCGUCUUCGUCUUGGACGGCUCGGACCAUGUAGGCCAGGCUAACUUUGACCGUGUCAAGGCUUGGGUCAAGGCUGUCGUCAGCGGCUUCACCAUCGGCGUCAACACAACAAUGGUGGGUGUGCUGCAGUACAGCUCGCAACCGCGUGUUGAGUUCUCCCUUGGGGCUUUCCGCGAUCUGCAGGACCUGCUCCAGGCCAUAGACGGCGUCCCGUACAUGGCUGGAGGAGCCAACGUCGGCCAGGCGCUGCACACUGUCAGGACUAGCCCCCUCCUACUUGGCAAUGGCACUCGUCCGGACGCUCGGAAGGUUGUUAUCCUGGUCUCCGGCGGGCCAUCGAGUGAUGACGUCAUACAGCCUGCCCUGCAGCUGCAGCAGACAGGUGCUGUCGUGUAUGCUGCAGGUGUCGACAGACAUGACGUCAGUGAGCUGGGAAACAUCGCCAGCUCGGCACAAACGGCGGCAUCUGUCGGCAACUUUGCUGCCUUGGACGAUCUAAGGACAUCGCUGCUGUCGUCAGUCUGCACAGUGCCUGCUCCUCUGGUGGCCUAUGUGUCAGUAGAUGUACAGUUCACCGGAGAACUUGGGAACCCGAAUUCAGCGGCAUAUUCCAUCUUAGUGACGCAGAUUAGAACAGAGCUUUUGUUCCUGUUCAGAGAUAUUGUGGGACUGCAGGGCAUUGCUAUCACAAGUUUGCAACAAGAUGUCAGAAACACCACGCGGGUGUACCUGAACUUGAUCGUCGCCCCUUACAUCUCCAUGGCCGUCGAACAGCGCUUUCGGACUGUAGUGAACACUGGCAGGAUAGGCACUUUGGUCGUCAUUCCGGGUUCACUCUUCGUAUUGAGAGAAGGAACCACGGCAGCACCGCCAACGACGCCACAAAUAAAACCCAUAAGAUGUCAGAAUGCUGUGGACCUGGUGUUUCUGUUGGAUUCAUCAAACGCUGUCGGUCAGGGCGGAUUGCCCUGGAUUAAGAACUUCAUGACUUCAGUCCUGGAGGCACUGAAAAUCGGACAGGACCACUUCCAGAUAGGGGUAUACCAAUUCAGCGACAGUGUCCGCCAAUUGAUAGCCCUUGGAGCGUACACGAAUAGCACGGAUAUGAUACAACUGGUUAAUGAGACAUCACUAAUCGGUGGACAAGCAAGUCUAGAACGUAGUCUGAUUUACGUUCUUAGAAACGGAUUCAGAUUCAACUCAAGACCAGGAAAUGUAAAGGUUGUGGUUGUAUUGACCAGUGGUCAGCACAACGCGGAUUCUGCCGGACUUCUAGCCCAGCAAGCCAGCCAAUAUGGCGUGGUGACCUUUGUGAUCGGAGUUGGCCCAACAGCUCAGCAAGGCCAACUGGAGAGAAUCACGGGUUCCAGCGGCGCAGUGACCGUUGUUAACAGUUUUUCAAACCUACCUCAGCUGGACAGAGCUAUUGUCAGCAGCCUUUGCAAUGUCGGUAGACUUCUGAACGGCAGGUUUGUCAUCAGAACACCGUUUAACGGAACAUUGAGGAACACCAGUUCUCAUUACUUCCAAACUCUCGCAGCACAGGUCCACGAAGGGAUUACUGGAAUAUUGAAUCGUGACUGUGUUCAACGAAUAGUUGUAACAGAGUUUCGCGGAUCUGGGAUGGGACGUGACACUGAAGUGUCAUUCCAAAUCCUUGGUGACAACACAACACUCUGUCUCGAGACCCUUGUAGGAAAUUUCACCUCCUCAGUGUCCACGGGACGCAUUGGGACACUUGUAGUCAAUGCGAGCUCAGGGGAACUCGGUUUUGAAGAGGGGGUCACGGCGUAUGCGUCAUUCACCAUCACCAGUCAGUGUUUCACAGCUGCCCUCCUGGAUCCCACAUCACCCGAACAUCAGGAGCUCAGAGUCCAGUUGGAGGUCGCAGUUUAA